AUGAUAUUAAGGACUCGCUAGAAUGCACAUAAAAAUCAAAGAUUCAGAAUAAAGACUAGCUUUUUACAGACAGAGGUUAUACUUAAGAAGAAGGCUAGCUAGAUAUAAAAUUGCAAAUAAAAUUUUGAAAAUAAGGACUCUCAGUUUAAUGAAGAAGUAGAAAAAGAUGAGGACGAAGAGAUGCUGGAUGACUUUAUUGCCAGUGAUGAAAAUAUAAACGACUUAGUAAUAAAUUACUCAGAAAAUAAGGUUAGUUAGAAUAAAGAGGAAGGUAGACACCUAGGCGAGAUCACAGUUGCGAAUAAAUCCAACUUAAUGAGCUAAAUUUAGAACCUGUAAAGUUAAAUUGAAGCUUUUAAAUAGAUUAAUUUCUCUUACUCAGAAAAAAAUAGAGAAUAUUCGAUACCUUAGAAUAAGAAGCGAAUUAAAGAUAUUUUUAAGAAGUGGCAAAGAUAUACGAUUAUUAGAAAUUUAGAAAAAAAAUUGAAACUGGGGACUAAGGAUUUAAAAAAAUACUUGCAUAGUUGGGACGGAAAGGAAAGUGAAAAAAUCGCUCCUAUAAAUGCAUUUCCUGGAUUGAAUCCUUAUUAGUAUAUAAGUGGAAGCUACAAUUUCGCUAAAUAUUGA